AGCGCGAAAUAGAUUGAGAGGAGAGGAGAGGAGAGGAGAGGAGAGAUCUAGGGCAUGAGGGAGAGAUAUAUCGGAGGUAAAUAUAAGUUGGGGAGGAAGAUCGGUAGUGGUUCCUUCGGAGAAAUCUUUUUAGCGACGCAUGUCGAUACUCGUGAAAUCGUUGCUGUCAAGAUGGAGAACAGCAAGACAGAAUAUCCGCAAUUGCUUUAUGAAGCGAAACUGUACAAUAUUCUCCAGGGAGGAAGUGGUAUUGCUGCCAUGAAAUGGUGGGGAUUAGAUGGGGAGGAUAAUGUCCUUGUGAUUGACUUGUUGGGCUCAAGUCUCGAAGAUCUAUUUGACUAUUGUGGAAAGAAGUUUUCUCUCAAGAGCGUCUUAAUGUUGGCUGAUCAAAUGAUUUCAAGAGUAGAGUACAUGCAUUCAAAAGGCUACCUGCAUAGGGACAUCAAACCAGAUAACUUUCUUAUGGGUCUUGGUCGUAAAGAGAAUCAGGUCUACAUUAUUGAUUUUGGUCUUGUCAAAAGAUACAAAGAUGCCACCACAAAUCGCCAUAUACCUUAUAGGGAGAACAAAUUUUUUUUAGGAACUGCACGUUAUGCGAGUUGUAAUACUCAUCUGGGAAUUGAGCAAAGUCGACGGGACGAUUUGGAGUGUUUAGGCUAUGUCCUUCUCUAUUUUUUGAGAGGAAGCCUCCCGUGGCAGGGUUCAAAAGCAUCCACCGAGAAAUGUGAGAAGAAGUUAUCAACUCCAAUCGAAGUUUUGUGCAAGUCUUAUCCAGCGGAGUUUGUGUCAUACUUCCGUUACUGCCACUCUUUGACAUUUGACCAACGACCUGACUAUGGAUUUUUGAAGCGCCUUUUUCGUGACUUGUUUACUCGUGAAGGAUACACAUUUGAUUAUAUAUUUGAUUGGACUAUUCUAAAGUAUCCGCAAGCACAGAAGACGAGAUCCCAACCUCGAUUGUAUCCGCAAGCACAGAAGACGAAAUCCCAACCCCGAUUGUAUCAGCAAGCACAGAAGACGAAAUCCCAACCUGAAUUUUCUGUGAGUGCUUUGUUACUUGGUUGUCUGAUAAUUUUUUUGUUAGGUAACUUGAUUUUGUAGAAACAGAGGAAUAAUAAAUGGAAGGGUGCGACUACACCCAUAGGAGAAGCUGCCUUUUUACACACUUGUUCCGAUUCUUUUUUCUUAAUCCAUGUUUAGGUUUCAAAUUCAAGUUAUUUGUGAUCAAUCAUCAGCAAAUAAGGUCAUCUUUGCUUUA